AUUGUCAUCAUCGUAGUGGUUUUUUUUAUUCAAAAAAUGUUGGAUACAAAUAAUGAGUUCUUGUCCAUAGUAAAAAAGGAACCUGAAGUAAUAAAUGUUAAAUCUGAGUUUGAUUUUAUUUCAAGUGAUUUAAAAGAUGAACAAAUGGAUUCAGAACUGACUAUUAAUGAAAUGGAACCCUUCAUUACCAUAAAUAGCAAAAACUAUAAUUUAAACAAUUCAAAUAAUCAUUUGAAUACAGUUCCAGAAAAUAAAAUUUUUUAUGCCACAUCAUGUUCUUACUGUGGUCACAAGUUGUCUCCUACAGUAUUAGAUUCGGAUAUGAUUUAUUCAAAUAAAGCUGAUAUUACUUUAGAUUCCAAUCAGAUUAAUUACAUGUAUGAUAAUAAUACUUUAGAACCAGUUGUCAAUAUAGGAAUAAAUGAAUCAAAAAUUGAAAAACUUAUUAAUUUAAAUUCAGAAUUUCAUUGGGGUAUUAUCAACAACAUAAGAGAAUGGGAUAGAAAUUUGAUACAAACUGAUAACAUAGCUAGAGCUAUCUAUAAUUUAGGUUUACGUGAUGCUUGUAAAUUGCUUCAAAAUAAAGGAGAAAAAGAUUCAAUAGAAACAAAUUCUUCAAAAACUUCAACAAUUCCUGAAGUUGUUAUAAAGAAUCCCACUUUGAAUACCUUUAGAAGAAAGAUUAAUGUUGAGUAUACUAAUAAUCGUACAAAUAAUGUGCUGGUAAAUAUAAAAAGAAAACUUAUUGAAAAAAAGUUUCAAAAAAAUAAAGAUAGGAAAAUUGCUAAACCAAAUUUUAUUGUUUGGAAUAAAUUUACUUUGGCAAAAGAAAUGCCCUAUUUGCCUUUACCAGCUCUUCAAUUAAUGAUGGACUCUGAACAGUUGCCAUAUUGUACUAAAGAUGAUCAAAAAAAUUCACAACAAUCUAAUUAUAAUAGUACUUAUCAACAAAAAAAUCUUAUAGAUCAUAAUAGAUUAUUUAUUAGAAGAAAAAAACCUCAACAUAUUCUUAAUUCUUAUAAAAUAAAAAAUUUUAGUGCUAAAAAUUAAAAUGUCGAUGUCUUUCUAAUUUAGUAGUAUUUUAACAGAAAAAUUUUAAUUUUCAAAUUAUUCUAAUGAAAUCUAAUAGUUAUUUGUUAAUUUAUAAUAUAGUAUAAUCAAAAAUGGUGGUAUAUAAUUAUUAAUUAUA